UUAUCACCAGUGGUUCACAAUUGAAGAGUAACGGGCUCGUGUGUUUGACAUGUUGGGAUUGCUUUAAGUGGUAAACAAGUGUGAAAAAUUAUUUAAAAUGUUUAAGAAGAGGAGAAUUGUUAAUAACGCUAAGAGAAGGCGUCAGGCUGAGGAAGAAAACGAUAGCAGCGACGAUGAGACAACCAUCGUGAAGAAAGAAAAAAAAGUUGCUGAAAAUAAUCCUCUCAGACAAAGUACAAGUAUCACAAAAAGAGAGAAGACUGAGACCUGUGACUCCAGCGAGGAGGAAUCUUCAGUGAUGGUGGCCUACAAGAGUACAAAAUCAAGUCAGAUUGCGGGCCCAAGUGAUCAGGGAGCCACAGCGGUCCUGGAGACUGAGACAGAGGUCGACAAGGACGCUCAGGCAAUAUUCGAGAAAGCCCAGAAGAUAAAUGAGGAGCUGGAGGGGAAGGAGGAUGACAAAAUCUACAGGGGAUUGAAUAAUUAUGCCCAGUAUUACAAGAAGAAGGACACUGCCGCUGGGAAUGCCUCCAGUGGAAUGGUCAGGAAGGGCCCCAUCAGAGCGCCAGCAAAUCUCAGAGCUACAGUUCGAUGGGAUUAUCAACCAGAUAUCUGCAAGGACUAUAAAGAGACUGGAUUCUGUGGCUUCGGGGACUCCUGUAAAUUUCUGCAUGAUCGAUCUGAUUACAAACUUGGGUGGCAGUUGGAAAGAGAAGCGGCCAGUGGAGAGUACGAUAACUCUGGUGAUGAGGAUGAUAAAAAGUAUGAGAUCGACAGUGACGAGGAUAAUUUGCCCUUCAAAUGUUUCAUCUGCAGGGAGACCUUCACCGAUCCUGUUGUCACCAAAUGUAAGCACUACUUCUGUGAGAAAUGUGCCCUCGACCAGUACAAAAAAUCCACCAGAUGUUUUAUCUGCAACGUCCAGACGACAGGUGUCUUCAACCCAGCGAAAGAGUUAAUAGCCCAAAUAAAAACAAGAUCAAUCGGAGAUUGUGAGGGUGGCGAGGAGACUUGAUGCCUCAAAUUCC